AUGCCUUCGGAAAUUCUGUUCCCUUCGGAGGAUGCGGCACUCUCCAAUUCCGUGGCGGUGACUGACGGACACAUCAAUCUUACCUACCAAGAAUUGCAUUUGAAGGCCAUACAUAUUGCUGAUCAGCUUUACAAGCUGGGCAUUCAAAGGGAAGAGCCAGUCGGUAUUAUUGUUCAGCAUGGCGUCGCAGACAUUGUCGCUCAGAUAGCAACCGUCUAUGCAGGAGUCAGCUGCACUCCUAUGGAUCCCAAUCUGCCGGAUAUCCAAAUAAAAAGACGUCUUGACAAUUUGCGGACUCGAUUCGUUCUUGUGGAUGAGUCGAACGUCAAGCCGGAGUUGUCCUACACCCAAAUCAAUAUUGAUGAUUGCACGCUCUGGGCGGCCAAAGAUUCAUGGGCGGCCGAGUCCAUCUGGGCUACUGACCCUAAAAUGCCCGUCCUUACAACUUUGGAACAUCGAACGCACCUGAUCCACACAUCGGGGACUACCAGUGAGCCCAAAGCUGUACAGAUCGCUGCUCGAUCGAUAUUGCAAGUUGUCUACCACGCGCCAUUUGAGCCCGUGGGUUCUACAGACAUAGUUGCGCACAUCAACAACACAAGUUUCGAUGUUUCCCUCUUCGACAUAUGGGUACCAUUAAUCCGCGGAGCCCGAAUUGCAGUAUUGAGCAAGGUCACUUUGCUUGACUUACCUGCUAUGUCAGCGGCAAUCGAGAAAAUGGGAAUCACCGUUAUGACAACGACAACAGCACUUUUGAAUCUUGCCGCAAAAACUCACCCUAAUGCUUUUUCAGGUUUGAAAACCUGUUUCAUAGGCGGAGAAGCAGCCAACGUCGCUGCCAUUGAAACAAUCUUCAAGUAUGGACCUCCGCAGCAGCUUAUCAAUGCGUACGGUCCCACCGAGACGUGUAUUUUCUGCCUCGCCCAUCGGAUCACAAAUGACGACCUGCAAAUGGGUAGUGUCAGUAUCGGCAAGCCAAUUGGCAAGACAGUUGCUUAUAUCUGUGAUGAGUCUGGGGAGCCGGUCGUGGAGGGCGAGGAGGGCGAGCUGUGGAUAGGCGGUGCUGGCGUGUCUCCUGGUUAUGUGAAUCAUCCCGAAAAAAAACCGUCCUCCUUUGUCACUUGGAACACAGCCAAAACAAGCCUGCGAUUGUAUCGCACAGGAGACAGGGGCUACCGCAUCGAGCUUGAAGCUGUUGAGAUGGCCAUGUUGCGAACCGGCCAAUUCACUGAAGCCGUCGCAUUGAAAGUAGAGGCCAGCCAGGGUGCUGGCUCGAUAUUGGUUGCUUUCGCUGUGCCCGUGUCGUCAAAAGAGCCUCACCCAGGAAAUGCGGCAAUUGAGUCUUUAAAAACCAUGCUCCCAGAUUACAUGGUGCCUCGAAUCGAGUUGAUUUCUCAAAUGCCCCUCAACAGCCAUGCAAAGAUAGACCGAAAGCUUCUGACUCAACUAUAUCGUGAUCGGUGGAAUCAAGUCCGGAGCAACGGUCUGACUGGCGACACUCAGGAAAAACUGGCGUUGCUGUGGACAGAUAUCCUGGGUCUUCAGUCACUCCCUGGAAAAGAAAAGGCCGAUUUUUUCCACCUUGGGGCCACUUCAUUGCAAGCAUCCCUCCUCAUCAGUCAAAUUCGAAAGCACUUCGACGCCGAUAUCUCACUUCUCACUCUUUAUGAUCAUCCCAGAAUCGGCGAACUGGCAGCGACCAUCGAUAAUUCCCGCGAGCACUCUUUAGGCACAACGCGAAAUGAACAAGCGGUGUGGAUCCAGGAUACAAAGAUCGCCGAUGACCUUGUUUCUCCUUCUGCUCCAGUGAUAGACUGGCGCCGGGACACCGAGGGGCGUGUUUUUUUAAGUGGCGCAACUGGCUUUGUAGGUGCGUUCUUGCUCGCCAAUCUGCUUAGAAUGCGAGAAGUGCAUCAAGUAGGGUGCCUGGUGCGUGCAGAAAGUCCCCAAGUAGGCUUGAACCGUAUUAAGCUGGCCAUGGGAAAGUACGGCCAGUGGGAAGAGCGAUUCUCGGACAAGAUCCUAGUGCUUUGUGGAUCUCUUGAAGAUCUCUAUCUGGGCUUAGGCUAUGAGCGCUUCCAUGAAAUCGCCAGUUGGGCAAGCGUCAUCUUUCACCUUGGGGCAAGAGUCAACUACACACAGCCAUACUCACUCCAUCGCCCUGCCAAUGUGGUUGGGACCAGAAAUAUCGUGCGUCUUGGGACUGCUGGUAAUCAGACCAAGGCAAUACACUAUGUUUCGAGCAUCUCCUGCUUUGGCCCCACAGGCUUCGUGACCGGAACGGAUCAUAUUGCCGAAGAUGAGCCACUAUUGAAGCACAUCGAAGCCCUUACUUUUGACCAUGGCUAUGCACAGUCCCAAUGGGUAGCUGAAACAAUGUUGCGACGGCUUAUUGAUUGCGGGUUCCCAAUUGCCAUUUACCGCCCUGGAUUCAUCACAGGUCACAGUCAAUCUGGGGCUUGCAACCCUGACGACUUCUUCAGCCGUUUAAUCCAUUCUUGCGUCGAGAUGCAGUCCUACCCUCUCCUCCCUAAUCAACGCAAAGAGUUUGUUCCAGUAAACUACGUCAAUGCUGCUAUCCUGCACAUCGCGUCUACUCCUUAUUCUUUGGGUCAUGCUUAUCAUAUAGUGCCCCCCAGCCCAAUCUGUCUCGAUUGA